CUCUCUGCAGCCGGGCAACUAGCGUUAAAGUUCCUGCACACUAUAACGAAUACAUAUUGCAUUUAUCCUCAGUUUGUCUCACAAUUCAGAUCAUCUACAGCCCGCAUCGUAACAAAAACAAUGUCCCUCUCGGCAGCGCGCUCGUUCCUGUCUGAGGCCGCAUACGGCGAACAGGAGCUUGAUGCUAAUUCAGCGCUAAUGGAGCUUGAUAAAGGUUUGCGGUCUUGCAAGCUGGGGGAACAAUGUGAAGCCGUGGUCCUCUUUCCCAAACUCUUUCAAAAGUAUCCCUUUCCCAUUCUCAUAAACUCUGCCUUCCUGAAACUGGCUGACAUUUUUAGACUUGGGAACAACUUUCUGCGGCUCUGUGUGCUGAAGGUCACACAGCUGAGCGAGAAACACUUGGAGAAGAUUCUGAACGUAGAUGAGUUUGUCAAAAGAGUGUUUUCGGUCAUCCAUAGCAAUGAUCCUGUUGCAAGAGCAAUAACCCUCAGAAUGUUGGGAAGCCUCGCCUCCAUCAUUCCUGAGAGGAAAAAUGCCCACCACAGCAUCCGACAAAGUUUGGACUCCCACGACAAUGUGGAAGUAGAGGCGGCGAUUUUUGCAGCCGCUAGUUUCUCGUCCCACUCAAAAGAUUUCGCUGCAGGAAUUUGCAACAAGAUUAGUGAGAUGAUUCAAGGUCUUGACACUCCCGUGGAGCUGAAGCUCAAGUUGAUUCCGAUGCUUCAGCACAUGCAUCAUGAUGCCGGUCUGGCCUCCUGCAGUAGAGAGUUACUACAGGAGCUGGUGUCCUCUUACCCGUCCACAGCCAUGCUCAUCGUCACUCUACACACCUUCACACAGCUGGCCACAUCCUCACUGGUCGAUAUCCCCGAGCAGAUUCAUCUGCUUCUGCAAUACUUGAAGGAAGAUCCCAGAAGAGCAGUGAAGAGACUCGCCAUUCAGGACCUCAAACUCUUAGCCAAGAAAGCUCCUCACUUGUGGACCAGAAAGAACAUACAGGUGCUGUGUGAGUGUGCUCUCAACACGCCGUACAACAGUCUGAAACUGGGCAUGCUGUCUGUUCUCUCCACACUGUCUGGCACCAUUGCUAUUAAACAAUACUUCAACCCUAAUACAGGUGAUUUGUCCCCGGCACCCCGCCAAACUGACCUGGUAAAGCUCGCCCAGGAGUGCUGUUACCAUAGUAACCUGGCUGUUGCGGCACAUGGGAUCAUAGUGUUGACCAGUAUCGCCGUUUCCUGUCCGGAGAAAGAGGUCAUUCAGCUAGAGCAAGAGACAGUCAUGGGGGUGGAGUCUCUCAUUUUUCUCUGUAGUCAAGAUGACAGUCAGAACGCACAGGACACAUUAAAGACGGCCCUCACGUCUCUGGUGAAGAUGCUGAAGAGCUGUCCACAUCUGAGUAAGAGCUCGGUGGAGCUGCUGUUGGGUCAGCUGCACUGCGCGUGCGACUCCGCGCGGGUGCUCAUGUGUCAGGCCCUGGCUGCCAUAGCAACACAGCAGCCGGUGUUGGGAGAGGGAAUGCUGGGAAAUCUGCUGGACCUCUUCAGCGUGGCCGGUCACAGGACCUCGGAGAAAGAGCAGGAGCUUCUGGUUUCUUUGGCAACAGUUUUGUUUGUGGCCAGUCAGGCAUCGCUCUCAGCAGAGGUUAAGACUGUCAUUAGACAGCAGUUGGAGAAUGUGGCCAAUGGUUGGACUGUGUACCGCAUCGCCAGACAGGCGUCCCGCAUGGGCUGCCAUGAUUUCUCCAGGGAGUUGUACCAGAGCCUUCGCACCCGUGUGGCCUCCGAGCACUUUUACUUCUGGUUGAACAGUCUGAUGGAGUUCUCUCAGGCGGAGCAUUGUCUCAGCGGCCUGUCGGAUGGAGAUUACAGCGCGGCCAUGACGGCCAUCUCUGAGGCUCUGAAAUCGCACCAGAAGGGAAUCGCGUCUCUCACGGCAGCCAGCACUCCGCUCAGUCCUCUGACCUUUCAGUGUGAGUUUGUGAAGCUGCGUAUAGACACGCUUCAGGCUCUGUCUCAACUCAUCUGCACCUGUAACAGUCUGAAGACCAGCCCGCCUCCUGCCAUCGCCACCACCAUCGCCCUGUCAUCAGGCAGCGAACUGCAGCGCUGCGGUCGCAUUUCAGCACAGAUGAAAUUAUCCAUGGAUGAGUUUAGAGGUCUGGCAGCUCGCUAUGCCGACCUGUAUCAGUCUUCAUUUGAUGCGGACCACGCCACCCUCCGUAACGUUGAACUACAACAGCAAAGCUGCCUGCUUGUGUCAUACGUCAUUGAGGCUUUAAUACUCGAUCCACACACUGCCAGUUUUCAGGAGUUUGGCACACACGGCUCUGUUCUAGCAGAGACCGAGUAUGAGCUGAAGAUGCUGGCUGUGUUCAAUCGUGUCCUGGAGGAAGUGGAAAACUUGAGCAGGAAGCACCCCCCCGUCUCUUACCAGCACACUGGAUGCAUCUGUGGUGCUGUCAUAGCCCUUUUGAAGGUACCGCUGUCAUUCCAGAGAUAUUUCUUCCAAAAGCUCCAGUCCACCAGUAUUAAACUUGCUCUCUCUCCAUCCCCGCGAACAGCCAGCGAGCCCAUCCCAGUGCAGAACAACCAGCAGUUGACUUUGAAGGUGGAAGGAGUGGUCCAGCACGGCUCGUCUCCAGGAUUGUUCCGGAAGAUUCAGGCUGUGUGUCUUAAAGUGAGUUCUACCUUACAGACCAAACCAGGACCCGACUUUAAGAUUCCCCUUGAUUCCAAGACGAAUGAGAUUGAGCAGAAGGUAGAGCCUCAUAACGAUUACUUCAGCACACAGUUCCUUCUCAACUUCUCCGUCCUGGGCACUCACGUCGUGUCUGUUGAGGCGUCAGUUGUAGACACCAGUGGCGUGGAAUGGAAGACGGGACCUAAAACCACCGUAUCGGUGAAAUCUCUGGAAGAUCCGUAUUCCCAGCAGCUGAGGCAUCAGUCACAACAGCAGCAACAGACUGGAACUCAGUCAGGCCCUCAGAGGAACAUUCUCGCCCGCUUCCAGUGACCUCUCAUUCUCCUCCUGUAUUUAUAACUGAUUUAUAAGGUUUUGUAUUAUCUCAUGUUUACCCUUAUAACAGGUCAACUUUUUGGGGGAACAUUUUUCUAUGUAUACCAGCUUGACACGGUGUAUGCUGCUUAAUAAAACAAAAUAACUACUCGAACAUAUUUGAGUUAUAUCCAUAAAUGCUACAAUAUUGUAAUGCUACAUCAUUUUGACAUUUUUAUGAUAGUCUUACAUGAAGCUGAUUGUCGCCCUCAUCAGUAAAACAAUUUUACCUAAAAGCACUGAGCCCUACAAAAUUUUUGUGUCCAACUAAACAAAAUCCAUGUGUAAUUUGACAGAUUUUCCACGUGAAUUUUUCCAUUUUAUAAUGGUAAUAAUUACAAAAAAAGACUGCAAAUUUACAAGACAAAAAGGGAAACGUGCAAUUUUACAGUUUAUUUUUGGUGCGCCAGCUGGCAGAAAUUUCUCUUUUUAACAAAUUUCUAUUUUUUACAGUUUACCACUUGAAAUAGUCAAAACUAUAAAGAACAGAAAAAGCCUGCUAAUUUACAAGAAAAACGGGUGAAACUAUUUAUUAUAUAUCCUUGUAUGCUGUAAUUUUACAGGAUUAAAUAUUAUUUUACAGUAGUCUAUAUUUCUGAGAGCUGCAAAAUAUCUUAUUUUAAAAUGAGAAACUUUUUCAUGAGGAGUCGGGGAUUUUUGGACCCUACUGUAUUGUAUAUUGUUGAUAGAUUAUGAUGAUUGUUAGCCAAACAUUGAGAAACAAAAAAUCAAAUAUGAGUUUAAUGAAAGAACAAAAAUUGUUUAACAUUCCUCACCUAAAACAGAGCAAAUAUUUAUUAUUGUCUGUUUCGUGGCACUGUUGCCUCGGGUUUAUUGAAUUUCUGAGUGUUUGUGAAUAUGUGUGUGAGCAGGUUUAUGGAAACAAUAUAAAACAAAGUCUUGCAGUUGAAUGUGAGUUAUUACAGCUUCAGUAUAAGGCACGAAAUGCUCAGGAACACAAGGUGAUGAAUGAGUUUUGGUCUACGCCGGGGACUUCAGGUGGCUUUAAAUCAAUGGUCUGAUACAUUUCAUCCAUUUGUUUGAAGAUUUUUGAAGACAUUGUAAGUUAGAAUAUAUAUUUUAAAAAUGUAUUUGUAUUAACAUAAAACUGGUGAUAUACAGCCUAAUGUCAUACAUUUUUAUUUACAUUGAAUUAAAAAAGGCUGGUUUAAAAAUU